AUGAGACUGCAGAUGUUAUCUACAAGUGUUUACUUGUUAUUGCAGAAUUCAAACAAGAAAACUGCAAGGCAGUCUCAGCUGAACAGCAGUGGUACUGUGAACAGACAACGUGCUGGCAAAACAAUGACUUCUCAAGAAAACUCUUUAGACUGUAGUCAAAUAAUGAAAUACAUGGAGGGAUUUCUUGUGUCAAGGGCUUUAUUCACGGCAUGUGAUCUGGGAGUGUUUGAUCUACUUCAAGAAGAGAAUACGUCACUGUCAGAAAAUGACAUUUCACAAAGGCUGAGCACCAGUCUACGUGGGAUGCAGAUACUGCUCAAUGUGUGCGAAUCGAUGCGAUUACUAAUGUCUGAGAAAAAAGAUGGCACAGUGUAUUAUCAGAUGUCUCAGAUGGCAAGGAGGUAUUUGACAAACAGCAGCAAGGAAUCCUUACUUCCAUGGAUAAAGUUCUACUCAGAGAUUCUCUAUCCAUGUGCCGAGCACUCUGUACAUGCAGUGAGGGAAGGCACGCAACAACUUGGAAAACAAUUUGGACACAAGAAUAUGAAUUAUUUUGAUGUUUUGUACAGGUAA